UGAGAGAUCUACCACCAAUUUGCCUUGAUGUUAGGCAAAAGCAGCGCAUCUCUAUAGAUACACUACCACCGGACCUGAAAGCUCCAGUCCCACCAGAACCUUCCCUUCCCAUCCGAACCAAAACUAUGAAAGACUUCCAGGAGGAUAUGGAAAAAGCUAAGUCAUCAGGAGAUUGGAAAGCUGUACAUGAUUUUUAUUUAACAACAUUUGAUUCUUUCCUGGAGCUAAAUGCUGCUUUUAAGAAAGAUGUCAGUCUCCCUUUCAGUACCGUUGAAGACUCUGGAAUCAAUGCUAAAUUUGUGAAUGCUGUCUAUGAUGCCUUACUAAAUACU